AUGCCUCGACAGGCCGCGCGGCGCUCGGUGUGGCAAGAAGGCAGCGGGACCCCGGGGGUCCCGGGGGCGGCCGUCACCAUGCUGCGCUCGCUGCUGCUCCACUGCGUGCGGCUCUGCGCCCAGACGGCCUCGUGCCUCGUGUUCUUCCCGCGCUUCCUGGGCACGGCCUGCUUGCUCUGGCUCCUCGACUUCCUGUGCAUCCGCAAGCACUUCCUGGGCCGCGGUGGGCAACCCGAGCCCGACGCCGAGCUGCGGGGCGGCGACGGCGAGGAGAUGGCCCCCGACGACCCCCCACUCUGCGUGUCCGACGACAACCGUCUGUGCACGCUGGCGUCGCUCAAGGCCGUGUGGCACGGCCAGAUGCUCGAUUUCUUCAAGCAGGCGCAUGAGGGCGGCCCGGCACCCAACUCCGAGGUGGUCCAACCCGACGGCUUCCUGAGCCAGCGCAUCCUCGACUACGCGCGCGGGAGCCGCCCACUGGUGCUCAAUUUCGGCAGUUGCACCUGACCGCCGUUCAUGGCGCGCAUGAGCGCCUUCCAGCGCCUGGUCACCCGCUACCAGCGCGACGUCGACUUUCUGAUCAUCUACAUCGAGGAAGCGCACCCGUCCGACGGCUGGGUCACGACCGACUCGCCGUACAGCAUCCCGCAGCACCGCAGCCUGGAGGAGCGCGUGAGCGCAGCGCGCGUGCUGCAGCAGGGAGCGCCGAGCUGCGCACUCGUCCUGGACACCAUGGCCAACGCCAGCAGCUCGGCCUACGGCGCCUACUUUGAGCGCCUCUACGUCAUCCAGAACGGCACCAUCGUGUACCAGGGCGGCCGCGGGCCUGACGGCUACCAGGUGUCCGAACUGCGCUCCUGGCUGGAGCGCUACGACACGCAGCUGCGGGCGGCUCAACGCCCCGGGGUAUAAGCGUCUAAGAUAGCCCCUGAGGUUGGCGGGGCCAUGUUU